UUUUGAGCAGGCAGAGCGGGCAGCCUUUUUCGGGCUCUGUUUGUGCUGUUUAGUUGACUUUCAGCAGCAGGCGGAGGUUGCAGUCUGCGCUGUUAGUCGCUGCUGAUUUUCAUGACCGCGUUGGCCUCCUGGUACUUUUAACAUUUAAAAGAAAAGCAUCAUGAAUUUCCUCAGAAAUCGCCUUUCCUUCGGCAACCUCUUGGACCAGAGGCGUAGAGGGAUGUGCAAUAAACCACAGGAGGUCAAACCAGAGUCUUCACACCCAGCCUCUGCACAAAAUGUACAACCUCGGGCUUCAUUCAGAGUCCCAGGCUACAAACCCACAGAUUGGGACAAAAAGAUCUUUUUGUGGUCGGGGCGCUUCAAGUCAGUCGACCAGAUACCAGAGACCGUGUC